UCCAGUCCAGAAUGGCCUGACCUAGUCAUCCCACUGGGCAGGUGUGGAGUGAUUUUUUUUUUCUUUCUCUCAUAGUCAUAACAUAGGGUACAGUAAUUGAUCCAUGAUUCCAUUUAUAGAAAAUAAUUAUUUGGGGCUCUUUGAAAAAUUUAGAAAUACAUGUAACAGUCAGUAGUUCACAACAGAAGGUGAUAGGUUUGGCAGUUCUGACAAGGUUUUCCAGUUGCUCUAAACUGGUCAUAUACUAUGUUAUGCUAUGUUCAGUUCAGACAUUAUUUCAUGCUGUGCUGCUGUAUCUCAGCACAGAGAAGAUGAUCUGUGAUGUUCACUGAGCUCUUUUACCUUCACAUGUGUUCUCUGCCUGCUGCUUUAUGGUUAAUCACAGUCUUUAUUUACCCCCUUAGGCCAAUUUCCCCUGAGACUUCAGGGGGGCAACAGGAUGUGCUCAGGGAGGGUAGAGCUGUGGUAUAAGGGCUCCUGGGGAACCAUCUGUGAUGACUUGUGGGACAUGAGUGAUGCCGAGGUGGUCUGCAGACAGCUGGGCUGCGGGGCAGCACAGGAGGCUCAUGGAAAUGCUGCCUUUGGGAGAGGAAAUGGACCCAUAUGGCUGAAUGAGGUGAAGUGCAGGGGUGAUGAACUCCACCUGUUGGACUGUCCUCACUCUCUUCAGGACCACACGACCUCCUGCUCUGACAAGGGGCAUGCUGGUGUCACCUGUCAAGUCAUACUAUCUGAACACACUACAACAGGAAUUCCAGAAACAACCAGAACUGCAGUAAAGCCAGUUGGACCCAGUCCACCGUCCCCACUGUCCAUCCCUGCUGUGGUCUUCCUGGUACUGGGGGCUCUUCUCUUUCUGCUACUAGUGCUGCUGGCUGGUCAGUUGUACCAGAACAGGGUGCUUAAGAGAGCCCUGUACCAGGAGGGUCUCACCCCUCUCCAUGAGGACAUCUAUGAGGAGAUAGAGUACAAGCUGACCAGGGGAGAGACAUACAGAGGUCUCAGAAAGGGAAGUGUCCUGUCUGAGGAUCUGCCCUCUGGGUAUGAAGAUGUGGAGGACAGUGAGGGAGACCCCCUCUCAGGGAAAGACAAGCCAGAGUGCUAUGAUGAUGUGUUCCCCGUGGAGAAGAGUGCAGGACGUCUGUCAGAGAAGCUGUCUACAGCAGACACACCAGAGGACUGUGAUGAUACUGUUACCAUGGGACAGAAUCCAGGCUCCGGACUGAUGGGGACAGAAGACACAGCAGAGGGCUAUGAUGAUGUUGUGGGAGUAGAACCGAGUGCACUUGUGUUACCAGGAGAGAGAGUGUUGACCACACUGUCCCCUGGUGAGGGACCCCCUGUUCCUGACCGUAGUGACUACGAUGAUGUGGGGGACGGAAGAUCCUCUGCAGUUCUGGAAUCUCUGAGUGACUGAGAGUCCAGUCUGAGUCUGAAGGUCCUUGUGCCCAGAGCUUCAGAGCUAGAACUCAUUAAGAUCUGAUCCAUGUAAAGUAGCUGGUAGCACAGUCAAUCUGGAUAUUUGCUUGCUUUUUUUCAUGAAAGAAUACACUUUCAGACUUGAGGAAAAUAUACUCCAAAUGUUUAUAAAAGGAAAA